AUGCCGAUGGCCCACGGAAAAGUCAGUCUUCCUCAAGAUCUCCUCCCCGCGAACAUGGCCGAUGCACACUUCUCCACCAACGAUGAAGCCUUGGAUGGAAAUGGUGAGGAGAAGGCGCUAACAGGGUCCCUUGAUGAGUCAAUUGGUGAUCAAGUAGCAUCGGAGAGCAGCAUACCUUUGUCUCCACAAUGGCUAUACGCUAAACCAGUUGAUUCCAAGACACUAGUUACUGGAACAUCAGGAGAAAUGCAUGCACCUGGUUCUUUGCCUCAUGGAAACUCUACUGAUCCCAAUUCGAGAGACACUUGGCGUUUGGAUGCAUCUCAGGACAAAAAAGAUUGGAGGAGGAAUGCACCUGAUUUAGAUAUUACCCGCCGCUGGCGUGAGGAGGAGAGGGAAACAGGCUUACUUGGUAGGAGGGAUCGCAAGAAAGAGGAUCGCCGUGUAGGUGUCACUUCAACUAGGGAUACUAGUACUACUGAUGGUAGAGCAGAAGAUCGCCAUGUAGGUGCCACUUCAACUAAGGAUGUUACUGAGAAUAAAGUACUGUCUUCUGACCGCUGGCAUGAAUCCCGAAGAGAUAACAAAUGGUCAUCAAGCAAUCGCGCAGCUUCUGAACGUGAUAGUGAUUCUCGGGAUAAGUGGAGGCCACGCCAUCGCAUGGAGGUUCAAUCAGGUGGGGCAGCCCCAUAUCGUGCCGCACCGGGAUUUGGGAUGGCCAGAGGACAGGUGGAAAAAGUAGGAUUUACUGCUGGACGAGGGAGGUCAAACACUAACGGAACUCUGCAGAUUGGCAGACCUGUAUUAGGAAAAGCUAGUCCCUUUCUCAAUAUGUAUUGCUACCCCAGGGGGAAACUCCUUGACAUUUAUCGUAAGCAAAAGAUUGACUUAACUUUUGAUUCCAUGCCUGAUGGGAUGGAGCUUGUAUCACCAAUAGCCCAAGUAGGCUUUACUGAGCCAUUGGCUUUUCUUGCACCUGAUGCAGAUGAAGAGGCUUGUCUGAGAGAUAUAUUGAUGGGAAGCAUUACUAGCAGUGGAGUGUUAUACAACUCCCCUAAAGACAAGAAUGUAUUAAAUGAUGAUUCUAAAGGAACUAGUAAUGUCACUUUAAGUAAAGAGGAAGGAAACUUUGCAGCUAACAGUGAACAAAAUGUCCAAUCUACUGGAGAGGUCAUUUUAAACAAUUCUUUUCAAGUUACUGGUCCUGAGGUGUCACCUAUUUGUGGCUCACAGGCGCAUAUUUUAAAGGAAAGUGUUGCUACUGAAGGUGAGCAGAAAGUUCUGACAGUCAAAGCACUGGCUGAUGGAGGGAUUGAUGGCCCCAGCAAUGACGUUACUGAACUGAGAAAUUCUGGAUACCAGAAGCAAACCUCAAGCAGUGAUCGUCACUAUGUCAAGAGCAACGAGGCACAUGUGUCGGACAGAAUUGUCUCACCCGAGGAUUUAAGUUUGUGCUAUCUUGAUCCUCAAGGGAACAUGCAGGGACCUUUCUUGGGGAUUGACAUAAUCGCAUGGUUUGAGCAAGGUUUUUUUGGAAUUGACUUACCAGUCCGCUUGUUUGAUGCCCCCGAUGGAUCUCCUUAUCAAGAACUUGGUGACGUGAUGCCACAUCUGAAAACUGAAUCUGGAUAUGUCUCUAACUCUAGUUUGCAUGCUAAGCUAGAGCCGUUGGAUGUCAUUAAAGGCAGCUUGGAAGAGAGAAUAUCUGCACCUAACUACGGGGGGCCUAAUAUUCUAAAUAGUCAGCAGUGGACUCCAUCUGUAUUGGAGGCUACCUCAAGUGGUAGUGUUCAAUCAAGAAUGCCUAAUCAUAGUUAUCAGUCUGAACUCCAGUACCUUGACAAUCAAAGCAUUCAAAAUUUUGUUGCAGAAGAUGAAGAAAUUGUAUUUCCUGGAAGGCCUAAAAGUAGCAGUGACUGCCUUUUGAGGUCUUCAGCGGACAUUCAUGGCUCAAUUUCAAAUUCUCCUAGCCUUCCUUCCCUUUCAAAUGAAGUUUCAGAAACUAACCUGCCUAGUCAGCAGAAUGAUAAGUUGCAUCCUUUUGGCCUGUUGAUGUCGGAGCUUAGAGGUAGUUCCCAUUUAAGGUCUGCUCAAUCAUCCCAUGCGUCUUUAGGCAUGGAUGAUCAGGUUCAGUUGAGAGAUUCUUUCUUUGAGGGAGGUGCCACUAUUGUUAGUCAGAAUCCCCUUGGCCCCAUGAUUGAUCAACCUUCGUUUGUGGAUACACAGUCUGAUAAUUAUAUAAGAAAUAACACUAAUGUUAGUCUGGAUUCUAUAAAUGCUCACCAUCUUUCUCGCAUGGGGAAAGAGAUCAGUGGCUUUGGCCUUGCUGAGCAUAUAAUGCCACAGAAGUUACUAAAAGAACGGCUUCAGCAGCUGAACCAUCCAUCUCUGCUUCCUGCUGCGCAUGGUGCAGGGACUGGUCAAUAA